AUGGAGGUGUCAGGACGUACAAAAUCCAACCAGGAAGAUGGAAAAGAAAAUAUUUUAUGCCAGCCGUGCCACGGUGACGGCGAUAAUGUACCAGCAGAGGGAUACUGUGAAACCUGUCAUGAAUAUUUUUGUUCGUCAUGUCUCAAAUUUCAUCGUAAACAGUCUGUAAGCAAGAAUCACGUGAUCAAAUCUAAAGAUGAAAUGCCGAGGGUCAAAAUUCAGACCGAUCCGUGUUCUGAGCUAUGUGCUUUCCACCAUACCGAGAUAGUGAAAUUCUACUGUCAAGGACACAACUCAGUGGGAUGUGGUGACUGUAUGGUGUUGGAACAUAAAUCCUGCAAGGUUCAGUUAGUUUCUGAUGUAUCUGGUAACUAUGGUAACAGUGAUGAACUUGAACAAAUAAAGAGGAAGAUUGAAGAUCUCCGAAAAGAUAUAUCAGCCUCAAAACAUGAAAUAAAGCGAAGUUUGCAAGUUGUUGAAGAUGUAAAGAUCAAAAUUAUCAAAGAUAUAAAAUCCUAUCGUAGAGAAAUGAACAAUUACCUAGACCGUGUGGAAACAGAACUUAUACAAGAAGUUGAAAAGCUAAAUGCUUAUGAUGUGUCUCAACAAAGUCAGUUUCUAGAUGAAUGCAAAACCAUGGAAAACGAAAUCAGCGACUUUCAGGAUAAACUAGACAAUCAUAUGGACAAGAUUAAUGAAUUGUUCGUAACAGCAAAGCUUGCACGGAUGAAAAUAGAGAAAUUUCAAAGGGACUUUAAAAAGGUUGCUUCAAGUAGUCAAAUACAUUUGUGCAAGUUUGAACCCUGCAAAGAACUAGAUUUGCUGAAACGAAACCAGACCCAACUAGGAAUCAUAAAGACACAAACGCAGAAAUUUACUGCACAAAUCAAGAAAAGUAUAGUUGAUAUGAAGGCACAUUAUGUGAAGAAGCUCGAUGUAACAACUACAGGCGACAUAUAUAAUUGUUGGAUUACAGGAUUAGCAAUGAUUUCUCCUGAUGAACUUCUGCUUGUGGAUUAUCAUAAUGAUUCUCUGAAGAUAUAG